GUUAUACAAAUACAUUUAAGACUUUAUUAUGUUAAUACAAACACAAAUAUGAAGUAUACAAUAUUUCAUUAAUACAUCAAAUGAACUAACAUUACACAUAUGCAUUGGUGAAUUGAAAAUGAAAAGGGCUUUGAUAGAUAGCUCUUUGGUGAACCAUGCAAUUUGGUCCCUGUCCGCUGGUAGGUGUGGACAGGGCCCCAUUCUUGGAAGGCCCUCCAUUAUUUAUUUUGUAGGCCCAUUCUAAAAAUUGGUUAUUAUAAGCGUAUUCAUAGUCCAACUCAAGUGGCUCACUACUUCGUUCCAUCGAAUAUCAAAUUUCUUCUUAUUAAGCCUUGGGAUUCCAGAGUUCAAUUCACCAUAGUUUCACAUUUCAUCGGCCGAACCCACGACCAGGCAAUCAGGCUUCACUUGACAACUAGCUCUCACAGCGUGCAGCGGUUCACAUGAUUUCUCCUCAUGAGUGUUCACAGUUCAACUUUCUCCUCCUCUACCAGGUGCUUUUAUUCCUACUUGUUUAGUUUGAUUCUUUCAUUAUCUGUUAGGUCUUAGAUUGAAAUGUUUUGCAAUGCCUCCUAGAAUUAAAAAAAUUGGAUUUAUCAAUAUAUUCAAUCUCGAUAGUUCUUUUCUUGUUAAUAGUUUUGCAUUCUAUUUCAGGGCCUCCUAUUUUAAUUGUAACAUUGAAGAAUUUGCCUUAUUCACAUAUUUUACUUCGACUACAUUUUAUUUAUUAAUCUAUUAUCAAUUAAAUUUUUGGAAAAAAAUUGUUAAAUUCCUCUCAUUUUAAAUUUUCAAAAGCUGUUUUUUGUUUUGUUUUACCAAUGAGGGAUAAAAAAUAUUAAUAGUCAAACGGAAGAAGUAUUUCAUUUCGGGCCCGUACCACACAGAAACACGCACAAUUCACACUUCCAUUACUUUUCAUAAAGGCAUGUCAUAAAUGCAACUUAUUUUAAAGAUUCCAUUGUGUGCUUUAAAAAUUUCAUGCCCCAAAUAAAUUAUUUUUGUGCAUGGUAAUUUACAAUAUUGAACAAAUUACAAAACACAAAUUAUGUGCCAUAGUAUCAAGACAGUAUUAUAUAUAACAAUCUAAUAAAACUACAUUAAACAAAAUAUGCAGACAAUAAUAUUUUAAACAAUGCCAUUUCAUCAUCUCCUAAGGCCUGCUUUAAAGGGCACGUUUGGCCUAGGCAACCAUGUCGUACCAUUGAUGAAAUUCUGAACAGUAAAAAAUAUAGCUUCACUCGCCCUGGUUAUUUUGUGUUAUCCUGGCCAGUCUACCCUGCAGUUUGUCGAUGCCCAUGGCCCUCUAUUCCUGUACUCCCCAUAGUAAAGACAUGUUGAUGAUGAUGCGUUAGAAGCUCCACCCCAUUCUCACCAACCCGCCGGAUCAAUUAUCGAUUCCAUACUACUUUGCAUGAAUAUGACUCUGGAGCAAUCUCUCCCUGGUCUACCCAAAAACACUUUAGUUGAAGCCAUUAGAUCAGGGGUUGCCCUUGUUUGACAAUUCUAAAAUACGAAUCCUCCACGUAGGUCAGUGAUCACCCUUCCUUGGGCAGUUAUGGUGACAUCCUCCCCAGCUAUGGGGUUCCGUGCAUAUAAUAUGCAAUUUUGGAACACCGCUCGUGCAUUGCCAAAAACAAAGUCAACAGUAUUGUAAAUAUAGAACUCUCUAAAAAAUGGAUACCUUGAGGGGCUUAAAGUAUCCUUGUACCCUUCCACACUACACCUGUAAAAUAAAGUACGCUCACCCUGGACAAGAAGAGCAACUGUACGACGUUGUGGUCCAGCUGUGUUUCGAAAGGUUAUCCCUUCCACAAUAAAGUCCGAUCCACUCACAACUACCAUCAAAAUGUUGAAUAUGCAAUUAGUGCACUCAUAAAUAACAUGAAAAGGGGUGUCAAGUAAGCACUUCCAUUGUUGCGAAACCAUCGUCUAAGCCUCUCUACUAAAAAACGAUAUACAAGUGUAUAAUUUUUUACCAAAUGUAACUGUGUGUAACUUAGUCAAAGUUACAAAAUUAAAAAUUAGCAGUGUUUGUUCAAAUUUAACGGACAUAAUUUUGAAUAUGUAACCGUUUUUUAGUAUAGGAGCUUAGAUUAUGGUUUCACAAUAGUAGAAGGACUUAUUUGACUUUCCCCUCUAAAUUAUAUGAAUAUAAAAACAAUAAGUUAUGUAGGUAGGUAAAAGAAAUUAUAGUUUUACUUACUAGAUGUGGGGGUGGUGUACGUUAUGUCCACGGCAGGGGUGCUUCAGUGACCAAUUACUAUGGUCCGAUGCAAGCCGGCCCCAAGCAGCUUGACGUAGCUUAGUGAUGAAGUAAUUGCUAUUACUUCAUCAUAUGUCCCUAUAACUAUUAGAAUGAGGAACCUCCCGUUUCCUCUAGGCAUGGUAGAAGCGAUAUUUAGUGCUUCAGAUAUUUUGGUAGCGUUACCACACCCAUCCUUAGCUACAAUGAUAUCUGGUCUUUGAGAAAUCACAGAAGACAAAAGAGAAAAGAUUAAGAAUGAAAAUAAUAUAAAACUCAUCGUGUAAUAAGGUUUUUCUGAAAAAAUUUCAAAGUGGUAUGAAGUAUGUGUUGUAACACAAGUUGAAAUGCAGCAUCUUAUAUGCAAAAAUUUGCAUGAUUCCCUAGAUAAAAAUGCAAAAGAUCAUGACCUAGUUAUUUGAACCAAACAAUCUUUGAAGGCAAAGAUAAUUUAUUUUUAAUCUAUUAUAUAUGUAUAUGUACUCCUAACACUUCAAUUCAAUUUACCCAAUCUAUAGAUACACACACAAGCGUGCAACAUGAAAGAUUUGUUAUUUAGCAUUUGAAGAAAAAGAUUAGGACUUGCUUAUUUAAUAGUAAUGUUGUGUGUGAUUUGAACCAAACAGUCUUUGAAGGCAAAUAUCAUUUCUUGUUAAUAUAUUAUGUGUGUGUGUGUACUCUUAACACUUUAGUUCAAUGUAAAGAGCAAGAACAUGAGCUGUUUUUUACCCAAUUUAUAAAUGCACACACAAGUGUGCAACAUUCAUGAUAUGCUAUUUAAUCUAAACACUCUUUUAAGGAAACAAACAUUUCUUAUUAAUCUAAUAUAUAUGUGUGUGAAUGUAUAUUUAUAUGUAUCUACAGGGUAUAUGUAUAUAUGUACUCUAAGUGAACUCAUUGUUAGGCUUUCUGUCAUAUAUAUUUCACUUUGGAAUUGGAGUCUGUGAGCAUUUAGGUGCAUAAAUGUUUUGUUGCCUUUUUUGUUCAUCUACUGCAUUGUGUGAAAAUUCUGGUCUCACAGUUAAGGCAUCAUUUGCCUACAUUGGUCAUACAAUGCAAUUCACAAACACAGCUUCUGAAGAGACACAUCACUUCUGACUUCAUGGCUAUAAUGUUAAUGAUGCAACAAAUAUGAAGGAGAAGUCGCCUAUAGUGUUUAAAAAGUGAGCAUCCAAGGUAGAAGCAGAGCUAAUUACUGAGGAGAUGAAAGCAGUUGGGGCCAAAAUUGCAUUGCAUUGUAUGACCAGUGUAGGCAAAUUAUGCCUUAACUGUGAAACCAGAAUUUUCACAUAAUGCAGUAGAUGAACAAAAAAGGCAACAAAGCAUUUAUGCACCUAAAUGCUCACAGAUUCCAAUUCCAAAGUGAAAUAUAUAUAUGACUGACAGACAACCUAACAAUGAGUUCACUUAGCUAUUUUUUGUUCCCUAUAUCAUCAAUACUCAAACACUUGAAAUUAGUUGGCACGCAAAAAAUGGAAGGGUAAAAAUGCAGCUCGUGUUCUUGCUCUAUAUAAAUUGAACUUAAGUGUAUGGCCUAUGGAGUACAUAUAUACAUAUACCCUAUAGAUACAUAUAAAUAUACAUUCACACACAUACAUAUUAGAUUAAUAAGAAAUGUUAUUUUCCUUCAAAGAGUGUUUAGAUUAAAUAGCAUAUCAUGCAUGUUGCACACUUGUGUGUGCAUUUAUAAAUUGGGUAAAAAAACAGCUCAUGUUCUUCCUCCUUACAUUGAAAAUGAACUAAAGUGUUAGGAGUACACACACACAUAUACAAAGUAUAUAUAUUAUAGAUUAACAAGAAAUGAUCUUUGCCUUCAAAGACUGUUUGGUUCAAAUCACACACAACAUUAAUAUUAAAUACGCAAGUCAUGAUCUUUUUCUUCAAAUGCUAAAUAGCAUAUCUUUCAUGUUGCACACUUGUGUGUGUAUCUAUAGAUUGGGUAAAUUGAAUUAAAGUGUUAGGAGUACAUAUACAUAUAUAAUAGAUUAAAAAAAUGAUCUUUGCCUUCAAAUAUUGUUUGGUUCAAAUAACCAAGUCAUGAUCUUUUGCAUUUUUAUCUAGGGAAGCAUGUAAUUUUUUUGCAUAUAAGAUGCUGCAUUUUGACUUGUGUUACAACGUAACACACACUUCAUACCACAUUGAUUUUUUUUUCAGAAACACCUUAUUACACGAUGAAUUUUAUAUUUUUUUCAUUCUUAAUCUUUUCUCUUUUGUAUUAUGUGAUUUCACAAAGAACAUAUAUCAUUGUAGCUAAGGAUGGGCGUGGUAAUGCUACCACAAUAUCCGAAGCACUAAAUAUCGCUUCUACCAUGCCUAGAGGAAACAUGAGGUUCCUUAUUCUAAUUGAUGCAGGGACAUAUGAUGAACUAAUAACAAUUACUUCAUCACUAAGCUACAUCAAGUUGCUUGGGGCCGGCUUGCAUCUGACCAUAAUAACUGGUCACAGAAGCACCUACCAUGGACAGAACGUACACCACCCUCACCCCCACCCUUACUGUGAGUGGAUCAGACUUUAUUGCGGAAGGGAUAACCUUUCGAAACACAACUGGACCACAACGUCGUGCAAUUGCUCUUCUUGUCCAGGGUGAGCAUUUGGUAUUUUAUAGGUGUAGUGUGGAAGGGUACUAGGAUACUUUAAGCCCCCUCCAGGGUAUCCAUUUUUAAGAGAGUGCCAUAUUUACGCUACCGUUGACUUUGUUUUUGGCAAUGCACGAGCGGCGUUUCAAAAUUGCAAAUUAUAUGCAAGGAACCCCAUAGCUGGGGAGGAUGUCACCAUAACUCCCCAAGGGAGGGUGAUCACUGACCUACGUGGAGGAUUCGUAUUUCAGAAUUGUCAAAUAUUGGCA